UUGCAUACAAUAUUAGAUAGCAAUAAUUCCACUAAUAAUCAAAAGAAGGAGUCAAGGAAGAAUACGAAUUACUUUACGAAGUAUCUCAGUCUAACGUUUAUAAAAAUGUCCAUUCUAGACGAGCGAGAAGAUUACCUGAAGAAUCCCUUCUUCGUGAAGCACGAGUACGGUGACUUCACACCAUUUUAUAUCGCUAUCACUAUCUGUUCUCUGUUAUUCGUGUUCCUGUGUAUUUUGAAUGUCGGAUUUUGUUUCUGUUCUCGACACAGAGACUAUUGGCAGAGCCCCCAUACUGGGAACAGGUGGAUUCAACCAUUGUGGACAGUGCUUCCACACAAAACUCCUCCAUUGGAUUUAAGUGAAUUAGAGCCAGGGCGUGCUUUACAAUCUGAGAAACAAGAAACUUUACAGUAUCAUAAUCCCAAAUCUUAUAGAGCUGCACCUCAGACACAAGAGUAUAUGGAGAUGCAAAAACGCGAAAGUGAAAUCUAAUCAGGU